AUGACAGACCAAGCCAACAUUCACGAAGAAGGAAACCCUCUCGGUGGAAACAACGCUAACGCCCCAACAGAACAAGGAGGAGGAACUCCUGGAGAAAGCACUGGAACUAUAGCCGGCCAAACCCCCACAGCCGUAGGAGGUUAUGGAACCGAACUACUGCUCCAAGUGUUCAAUGCCCAGUUUGAGGCUAUCAACAAAAGAAGCGGGGAACGCUUCAGUCAGAUGACGGCACAGAUCACCGAGCUCAGUGAAGCACGAACUCCUCUUCGAGUUCGGAACAUCAUAGACGAUCUUAAUACUGACGGAGAUCCAGCCGGAACUAUGAGAUCUGCCGCAGUCGGGUCAGCGAAUGCACCAGCGUCGGAUUUAAGCCGAGACGCCGAGCUCGAAGCAAUGAAGGCGCAGCUUCGCGAUAUCACCUCAAAAAUACACCAAGCCACGAGCGCGGCUCCGGAAAUCGAGCGCGUCAUUCAGGAAACACAGAAGACUCCCUUCACGUCGCGCGUAGCAGGAACGCCGGUCAAACACAUGGAGAAACUAAAGAUAAAAGUCUAUGAAGGCAACUCUGACCCCCGACACUUCUUGACAUCGUUCGGCAUCUGCAUGAACCGAUACCAAUUCAGGUCCGCCGAGGAAAGAGAUGCGGUUCAGUGCCAACUGUUUGUGGAAAGUCUGGGAGGAGUAGCCCUCGACUGGUUCUCACGGCUCGAAGCCAAUUCGAUCGACAACUACAAGGAGUUAACAACGGCUUUCGUCAAACACUUCUCCAUGUUCAUUGGACAGAACACCAAGAACUCCGAACUCUGGCAAAUAGCUCAAGGACCAAGCGAGAGCCUUCGCGACUUCAUCCAGCGCUUCAAGACGAUCGUCGCCAAUUGUACGAUUAGCGAUGAAGCUGCUCUCUUAUGUCUUCAAAAAGGAGCUCGGAUAAAGACUAGCUUCCGAAGCGCGAUCACGCAUAACCCUCCGCAGACGUUAGAAGAUGCGUUGCACCGAGCUAAUACUUACAUUGCUGAAGAAGAAGAAGAAGCUGCGUACGAGCAAAGUCACUCAACGAAGCAACCCGAACGUCCGAAAGCCGCGACUAAUGAGCCGCAGUCAGGAUACGGUCGAGGAUAUGAGAAUCGCAAGAAGUUCUACGCCAACGCAAUCCAACAACCGAACAAGCAGUGGAACAAUAAAUGGGUCCGCGGUGAAGAAGACCAAGACGAGUCAUUAUUCUGCGAAUUCCAUAACCGUAGAGGCCACAGCACCGAAGAAUGCAGACAUCUGCGAGAAUACCUACUCGGCCUAUAUCGAAAGGAACCAAUCUCGGUCGAUGAUCUCCGACGUUCGAACGUGUCUAAGAGCGGCGGGCAACUCUCAAUUGACGAUCUCCGUCGUUCACAUAUGCCUCGACCAAACAAUGAACAGCUUGAGAAAGCACCCGCCAAAGAUCCACCAACUCCACCGGCUUUACCGACACUACCACCGCCACCACCAAAUCCACCUGUUUUGCCCGAGCAACAGAAACGGAAUCAUGAUGACCGAGCACCAGAGAAUCACGCUCUUAAGGCGCGGAAACGCGUCAACAUGAUAAUGGGGGCCAUCGAAGCUUGCAGUUAUUCGGUCCGAGCCAUCAAAGAGUACAGCAGACAGGCCGCCAGCGCGCCCAAUGCCCCGCAUGAUCCGCCGAAGGGAACGCCCUUGGUAUUUACCGAGGCCGAUACAAUCAGGCUGCAUAAACCACAUAACGACGCCCUCGUCGUCGAGCUGCUCCUCGACGACGUCGAAGUUAGCCGCAUUCUGGUCGAUACGGGCAGCUCGGUUAACGUUAUCUUCAAGGAUGCACUUGACCAACUUGAGUUGGCAUCAGAUAGGAUUGAACCGUUUAUCGAACCACUUACCGGAUUCGAUGGGGAACGUUGUAUGACGGUCGGCAUGGUCAACAUUCCGAUCUACGUCGGCGGAGUCGCAAAGAUUAUCAAGUUCCUUAUCCCCGAUAAACCGGCGAUCUACAACACUAUUCUCGGAACACCCUGGCUACACGCAAUGAAAGCAGUCGCCUCGACGUACCAUCAAUGCCUAAAGUUCCAGACUCCCGACGGUGUUUAUACUCUCCGAGGAAACCAAGCCGUUGCUCGAUCGUGCUACAUAAACGAAUGCAGACUUCAUUCGGCCAACCAAGCUUGUGUUAUUAGCUCGUUAGGACCGACUGACAAGCUCAUCAUCCAGAAUACAAAACCUAAACAGGAGUCGAUCGUUCAAGUUUGCAUCGACGAACUAAGGCCAGAACGUCAAGUCGGAAUCGGCGCCGAGCUCGACUCAGUCAUCCGCAAGCCACUCAUUCACUUUCUGAAACAACAUUCAUCGACCUUCGCUUGGUCGGCAGAAGAUAUGCCCGGGAUCGAUCCACAGAUCGCGUGUCACGAGCUCAACAUUGAUCCCACGUAUAAGCCGAUCAAGCAGAAACACCGAAAGCUCGGACCAGAGAAAGCACAAGCCGUGAACGAUGAGGUCGAGCGUUUACUCAAAGCCGGAUCUAUCACCGAAGUCAAGUAUCUAGAUUGGUUGGCAAACCCCGUGGUCGUAAAGAAGAAGAAUGGUAAAUGGAGGAUUGGCGUCGACUUCACUGACCUCAAUAAGGCGUGUCCGAAAGAUAGCUUUCCAUUGCCUCAUAUCGAUCGCCUUGUGGAAGCAACUGCCGGAAACGAACUCCUCUCGUUUAUGGACGCGUUCUCCGGUUACAAUCAGAUUCUCAUGCAUCCGCAAGAUCGAGAGAAGACAUCGUUCAUCACGGACCGUGGCAUCUACUGCUACAAGGUCAUGCCCUUUGGCCUGAAGAAUGCUGGAGCAACGUACCAACGACUGUAUGGUAUGAAGCUUAAUCCAACUAAGUGUACGUUCGGCGUGACAUCUGGAGAGUUCCUCGGAUACAUCGUUACACGGCGAGGCAUUGAAGCUAAUCCAAAGCAGAUCGCCGCUAUUCUCGAGCUCUCAUCGCCGACAACUAAACGCGAAGUUCAGCGACUUACCGGACGUAUCGCGGCACUUAACCGAUUCAUAUCCAGAUCAACAGAUAAGUGCUUGCCUUUCUACCAACUUCUUCGCGGUAACAAGCAUCUCGAAUGGAAUGAGAAGUGUGAAGAAGCCUUCGCCGAGCUGAAGAAAUACUUGUCCACUCCGCCAGUUUUAUCCAAACCAGAAACCGGCGAGACGCUUUAUCUUUACAUCGCGAUUUCAGAGUUCGCAGUCAGCAGCGUUCUUAAGCUACGCCCGUACUUCCAGUCUCACGCAAUCGUGGUCCUGACCGAUCACCCUCUUCGUACUUUCCUCCAUAGCCCAAGUCAAUCCGGACGACUCGCUAAGUGGGCUAUCGAAUUUAGUGAAUAUGACAUCGAAUACCGAAAUCGAAUAGCAACGAAAUCUCAAGUCCUAGCAGAUUUCUUGGUCGAACUCCCACCGGAGCUCGUCGAAGAUAAGCCGGUCAUACAACCCUGGAUUCUUCACGCCGAUGGUUCAUCGUCCCAUAAAGGAUCCGGAGUCGGAAUUCUUCUAAAAUCACCCGAAGGAGAAGUUAUCGAGCAGUCGUUUCGUCUCGGCUUCCCAGCAUCCAACAACGAAGCCGAGUACGAAGCAUUGAUUGCCGGACUACGACUCGCCAAAGGCAUCGGCGCCGAGCACGUACACGCCUACUGCGACUCUCAACUCGUGGCUAACCAGUUUCACGGCGAAUACGAGGCCAAGAACGACCGCAUGGACGCAUACCUCAAAGUCUUUAAGGAUGUCGCUUCGGAGUUUUCUACCUUCGAGCUUACAAAGAUACCUCGAGAUGAGAAUGCAACCGCCGACGCCUUAGCCACACUCGCGACUAAUUCCGAUCCUGACCUUCGGCGAACCAUCCCAAUUGUGGCAAUUGAGCGACCAAGUAUCGAGCCCGCUCCGAACUGCAACAUCAUUACAAGACGAUGUGACUACGAAAACCAACCCAAUCUCGCCCCACCACUCACCCGGAGGACGAAACCCAAAGAGAUCAUUCCCGAUCACGACAACAAUACGGACGAGCUCAAUGGCGAGGACGAACCCGAAGAUUGGACCUUAGAAAUCGUGGGAUACAUCGGAGACGGAACAGUCCCUGCGGCUAAAUGGGCAGCUCGGCGCCUUAAGGCUCGCGCAGCUCGAUAUGUGGUCAUUAAAGGUACUCUUCUCAGAUGGGAUGCUUCCGGUGUACUUUUGACUUGUGUUCGCGGCAACGACAUCAUGGAAGUAAUGCAGAAGUUUCACGAAGGAGAAGGAGGCAAUCACUCCGGAGCUCGGUCUUUGGCAUUCAAGAUUAAAAAAGGUGGCUAUUACUGGCUCACUAUGCUUUCUGAUUGCGAGAAGUAUACGGCACGCUGCGAGAAGUGCCAACGUCAUGGUCCGAUGAUCAACCUUCCUACCGAGCUCCUGAUGACCUCGACCGCACCAUAUCCUUUCAUGCGCUGGGCAAUGGACAUCAUCGGUCAAUUUCGCCGAUCUACGACUCAGAAGCAAUACGUUCUCGUCGUCACGGACUACUUCACCAAAUGGGUUGAAGCCGAAGCAUAUCCCGAGAUUCAUGGAAUCGAUGUCAAAAAGUUCGUCUGGAAGUUCCUCAUCUGCCGACACGGAGUCCCGUACGAGAUCGUUACGGAUAACGGAACCCAGUUGACUUCGAUCGUUUUCCAAGAUUUUUGUGCUAAGUGGAAGAUCCGACUUAGUUUCUCUACCCCACGGACUGAAGAAACGACUCGAUACUGCUAA